UAUGAUUCAGACAAACAACGACAAGCAACACUACUAUAAAAAUCCAUGUCCAACACACCCAGUUCUUCACACACCUCAACCAUGGAGGAACUUCAACUGAAUCCCUUCAUUCUCACAACUCUUCUCUCUCUCAUCAUUUUAUGGUCCAUCAACAUAGUAUUCCUUAAACCUAGGACAAAGCUAAAAGUCCCCCCUUCCCCACCAAAGCUACCAAUAAUCGGAAACCUACAUCAACUUGGAUCAUCACUCCCCCACCGUGAUCUCCAUUCUUUAGCCAAAAAGCACGGCCCUCUGAUGCUCCUUCACUUGGGCAGCGUCCCCGUUCUGAUCGUCUCCUCUGCCGAAUUCGCAUGUGAAAUCAUGAAAACUCAUGACAUCCUCUUCGCCAACAGGCCCGGAUUCAAGGCCAUGAAGAAGCUGUUCUACGACUGCAGAGACGUCGCGUUUUCGCCCUAUGGCGAAUACUGGAGGCACAUGAAGAGCAUCGUUGUCCUUCAGCUGUUGAGCAACAAAAGGGUCCAAUCUUUCAGUACGAUCAGGGAGGAAGAAACGGCCCUUUUGGUGAGGAAGAUUCGAGAAUCUUCAGGUCCUGUGGAUUUGAGUGCGAUGUUUGCUAGAUUUAGCAACGAUGGGAUCGGUAGAUCGGCUUUCGGCGGGAAGUUGAGUGAUUCUGAAAAUGGGAAGAAAUUCCUACAUGCCAUGACGGAGUUGAUGGAGCUUUCAGGGAUUAUUGAUAUAUCUGAUUAUAUUCCGUGGCUUGGUUGGAUUGGGCGUCUUAAUGGUAUUGAUAAGAGACUCGAUAACACUGCCAAGGAGAUGGAUCAAGUUUUGGAGAGUGUGAUUCAAGAACGCCUGCAGAUUCAAGAGGAAAAGGGUGUCAAACAAAAUGGACAAGAUUUUUUGGAUAUUUUACUCGGAAUCUAUAACGAUAAAACUGUUGAUGCCUCCAUCGAUCGAGAUAGCAUCAAAGCAUUACUUUUGAAUUCAUUUGUUGGUGGAACUGAUACAAUAUCCACAACCAUGGAAUGGACAAUGUCAGAACUCUUGUUACACCCCACAGUGAUGGAAAAGUUGCAGCACGAAGUAAGAGGAAUCGUGAAGCCGAAACAAGAGAUAACCGAUGACGAUGUACAAGAAAUGCAUUAUUUGAAGGCUGUGAUCAAGGAAGCUUUGCGUUUUCAUCCACCACUCCCAUUACUUGUGCCUAGACGAGCAAGCAAAGAUGUACAAGUGAAAGGUUUUGAUAUCUGUGCAGGAACAGUGGUGAUGAUCAAUGCAUGGGCUAUAGGGAGGGACCCCGUCUCAUGGGAUGAACCGGAGAAGUUUAUGCCCGAGAGAUUCUUGAAUUCUUCCCUAGACUUUAAGGGCCUAGAUUUCGAGCUGAUCCCAUUUGGGGCGGGACGAAGGGGAUGCCCUGGGAUCUCAUUUUCUAUUGUUGCUAUGGAGCUUCUGCUAGCGAAUCUUGUGCAGAAAUUCGACUGGAAAUUGCCUCAACCAAAAGAUUUGGACAUGACUGAGAGUCCUGGAAUGACAGCCCAUAGAGUUGUUCCCCUUCGUGCAGUUGCCUCUUGCGUUAUGUAAUUUGGAACAUUAUAGAUCAAGAUGUUUAAGUUUCAAUCAAUACCGCAUAUAUAUGUGUGGAUUUUAAAUAUUUACAAGUUUUAUGUGGUUUUUAUCGAGUGCAAUGUUUGUAAUCAGAAAAUAUAUAUGUUUCUCCUC